CGUUACGUUGUCGACUAUUACCUGACGAACAAAACUUACUAAAAAUAUUCUUUUCAAACUUUGUAACUGCAUCAUUUACGCACAAUAAACUGAAAUGAAGUCCAUAUUCGCAUUCGAAUUGCAGAAACAAUGGACGAGUCAAUGGAAUCCCUCUCACAGCCAGUUGACUUGAAUUUUCAAUCUAGCCAAUCUUUGUCAAAUUUGCCUCCCGACCAAGUCAGUCAACCUGUGGACUCCGCACCCACAUUUGGACCUGCUGGGGGGCAAAGACAUGAAGAGUUCUCAGUUGAAAAAGUGCUGGAUAGACGUGUUAAGAAUGGGAAAGUGGAAUAUUUGUUGAAAUGGAAAGGAUAUUCUGAUGAAGAUAAUACUUGGGAGCCAGAAGACAACCUGGACUGUCCAGAACUAAUAUCAGCUUAUGAAGAAGCUCGCAUGAAGAGGGAACGAGAAGUGGCUGCUGCAGCUGCACAAGCCGCAGCUGCUCAAGCUGCUGCCGCAGCCCAGGCUGCAGCUGCACAAGCUGCUGCUGUUGCUGCCCAAGCCGCAGCUGCAGCUGCUGUAGAGGCUGAAGAAGGCCAAUCUGCUAGAAAAAGAGGGAGACGAGCUGAAAAGAAGAAGAAAAUUGAAGAAAUUGAGAAGCCCAGGGGGUUAUUAAGAGGACUACCUCCAGAGAAAAUUCUAGCAGGGCAACUCUUCCAUGGAACGCUUUUCUUUUUAGUUAAAUGGCAAGGCUGUCUUGAACUGGAUGUGGUACCUGGACAUGAUUUGAGCCAAGCAUUUCCAGAUUUCGUCAUUGCGUACUACGAAAGGUGCGCUCCUUUCAGUGUACGACACAAAGUCGGUAAAGUGCCGAGAAUCGCACCUGAGUUGCCUCCCCCAGAAGUUCCAACUCCGGCUCCAGAGCAAACACCCAUGGACACUUCGAUGGAAGGGCCACCAACUGAACAUAUACCACAUACUCUUAACCCAGAAGACCUAGGUCUCAUGCAGAAUGUGCCAGAAACUUCUGCAGAAGAAUCCCAACCAGGUGUAGAAGUGCCUUCACUGGAACCGCAACUCGGAGCUGACAUGCCCCAACUGGGUGUAGAUCCUGAAGGCCAGAUCGAAGUUCCAGUUAACUGACUUUCGCUCUAUCAUGCUAGUAGUAAUUGCUACUAGUACUUUUUGAGUAUCUACCAAUAGGGUGUUUGACAGCUAUUGAAAAUUAAAAUACUUUUCACACUUUUACCUUCACUUUCACAUACAAACACACACAUACGUGCACAUACACACACACACGCACAAAAAUUGCCUCCAUGUCCGAACGGUUACCA